AUGCAGACGCGUCCAUCACCUAUCGACUGUGACUAUUGUUUGUUGUCAUUGCCGCUGCCGCUGUUUCUGCCGUCCAAGUACAUUUUCAUCCACGUUCAUCCAGCGGCUUCGUUGCCGAUUGGUACUCGCGCCGCCGAUUUGCCGCUCCGAACCCUCACAGCGCUUACGAGGUCCAGCCACAUCGUCAGGGGCGGCGUCAGGCCAAGUAAAGAUCCCGCCCUCUGGAACCAACUGCCAUGCUGUGCGCUCGCUCUGGCCUCGUUCCAAGUGUUGCGUUGUGCACAAUGUUUGUUUAGAUAUCCACGGAUCAUCUUCCAGCUCGGGAGGCGCUCCCAGUCCGAGUCGGCGGCUGGUACGGGCGUACUCGCCAUGCCGCUGUACGCCAGAGGAGACCUUCUCCGGAGAGGUUGCUCACCCGCUCGACUUCCAAAGUACGAGUCUGAACCAGAUGAAAGUGAGGGGUCUGACUCAGGUCGCGACGUUGCAAGGCUGCAGUUCGACAUGUGCGGGAGAUCAUCCUCAUCUGUCGUCGAGUUGGUGGAGCGAGUAGGGCUGGCAACGUUCAGCUCGACUUCGGGAGCUUGA